GUGUCUCUGGGGGAAGGGUUCAAUAUGGACCGUGACGUGGAGCUGUUUGUCCACCCCGUCCAGAAGCACCUCCCCUUCGCACUGCUGGAGGCAGGCGACACCACCAAGAAUUCUUCUCUGAUGAGUGACACAGUGACCAUGCUGAACUUCUUACCCGGCAUGGGAGAGACCAAGUCCGCCAAGGGGGCGGAGGCGUUGACUCAGAAGGGGGAGUUCAUCUUCCUGGUGGACUGCUCCGGCAGCAUGGAAUGCCGCAUGGUCUACGCCAAGGAGACGCUGAUGCUGCUGCUGAAGAGUCUGCCUCUCGGCUGCUUCUUCAACGUCUACGCAUUCGGAAGCAGCUACGACAGCUUCUUCCCGGAGAGCCGCGAGUACUCGCAGGCGAGCAUGGCGGAGGCGCUGAAGCUCGUCAAGGAAAUGAGCGCCGACUUGGGGGGCACCGAGAUCCUGAGGCCUCUCGAGGCCAUCUACCGCUCGGCAUGCCGGGCGGAACACCCCCGGCAGUUGAUGGUGCUGACCGAUGGGGAAGUGUCCAACACCCGUGACGUCAUCAGCCUGGUGAAGAAGAACGCAAACAAGCAUCGCUGCUUCUCCUUUGGAAUCGGUGACGGUGCCUCCACGGAGCUGAUCAAGGGGAUCGCCGCCAGCGGAGGAGGGACAGCCGAGUUCAUCACCGGAACGGAGCGCCUGCAGGGCAAGGUGCUGAAGGCCCUGAAGUGCGCUCUCCAGCCCACACUGACCUCCGUGUCGCUCUCCUGGAGCCUCCCCCGGGGCCUGUCGGCCAUCGUGGUGCCCGAGGUGCCGCGCAGCAUCUUCCUGGGCGAGCGAACCAUCCUCUACGCACAGCUCGCUGGCACUGCUCCGGCUGCCCCAUGGCAGGGCGAGGCAGUGCUCAAGUACUCCCUAUGUGGGAAGUCCAUGAAGAACCGGGUUCCCAUCACCAGCCAGACCGCAAACCCCGACGAGUCCAGUGCCACCCUGCACUGGCUCGCAGCCAAGGCGAUGAUCCGCCACCUCGUGUCGGGUCCCAACGCCCCCUACUCUACGCCGGUGCCGGGUGAUGCGGAGCAGAAGAAGAAGAAGGCGGAGAAGGAGGCCAAGUCUCGCCGGGAGCGAGUGGUGGCGCUGAGCGUGGAAUCGGGCGUCGUGUCCCCCUACACGGCCUUCGUCGGAGUGGACACCGACUCCCACCAGCCACUAGGGGCCGCCAUGCAGGAGCGCCCCACCCCACGCCAUCACCUCUUCGGUGGUUCAGUGAAGGAAAUGAAGAGGAAUCCGUUCACAAGAAUCAUUGCAUCCUUCAAGAAGAGCGCUCCACUGGAAUAUGAAUGCGAUGUAUACGCAGCAAUAUCCAACGAAUAUGACUGCCCAUACGGUGUCUUCACUCCGGAGACUCCGGCCGUGCUGCCCUUCCUGGAGCUCGUCGACCUGCAGAGGGCCCACGGGGCCUGGGAGCUGUCCGCCCAGCUGGCCUCGGUCGUCCAGUCGAGCGAGGAGGCACUGCGCAAGGAAGCUCCUGCGGGCGUGAGCGACGAGGUGUGGGCCACGGUGGUGGCCCUGGUGUGGCUGCACGCGCUGGCCCCAGACCACCACGACGAGUGGGAGCUGCUGGCACUCAAGGCCUCGGCCUGGCUGCGUGGGCAAGCUGUGGACCUGGCACUCUGCGUGAAAGCCGCCAAUCAGCUGCUGAAGACGAACGUCGACGCAGGAAAGCUGUAGCCCAGUCGGUUACCUGGCCACCAUCACGAGCUUCCUGUUAACCGCUAUCGUGUACGUUACCAUUCUCAAUCCAAAACCAAAAUCCUAUACAUCACCAUCCCCAUACUAUAACCGCAAUCCUAUAAAUGACCAUCCCCAUCAUAUAACCGCUUUGCUUAUACAUUAACAUCAGCAUCCUGUUAACCGCAAUCCUAUACAUUACCAUCCCCAUAGUAUAACCACAAUCCUAUAAAUUACUAUCCCCAUCCUAUAACUUUUCUUAUACAUUAACAUCAGUAUCAAUUUAACUCCAAUGUUAUUCCUUACUAUUAGCAUAACAGCCUUCAUCCACUGUCACUCAUGGCUCGUCGCAUCUUGUGUCUUCGAGCAUCGCUGCACCGCCCCUACUGUACCUUGCACAGCCCCUACUGUACCCUGCACUGCCCUACUGUACCCUGCACUGCCCUACUGUACCUUGCACAGCCCUACUGUACCCUGCACUGUCCUACUGUACCCUGCACUGCCCUACUGUACCCUGCUAUGCCCUACUGUACCCUGCACUGCCCUACUGUACCCUGCACUGUCCUACUGUACCUUGCACAGCUCCUACUGUACCCUGCACUGCCCUACUGUACCCCGCACUGCCCUACUGUACCCUGCACUGCCCUACUGUACCCUACACCACUCCUACUGUACCCCAUACUGCUCCUACUGUACCCCACACCACUCCUACUGUACCCUACACCACUCCUACUGUACCCCAUACUGCUCCUACUGUACCCCACACCACUCCUACUGUACCCCGCACUGCCCUACUGUACCCUUCACUAGAGGUGGGACAAAGUCAUUGUUAUGCAAGUCCAAGUCGAGUCUGAAGUCAUCAAAUUCAUGACUCGAGUCUGACUCGAGUCCAAGUCACAUGACUCGAGUCCACACCUCUGCCCUUCACUGCCCUACUGUACCCCGCACCACCCCUACUGUACCCUACACCACCCCUACUGUACCCCACACCACCCCUACUGUACCCCGCACUGCCCUACUGUACCCUGCACUGCCCUACUGUACCCCACACCACCCCUACUGUACCCUGCACUGCCCCUCCAUGACGCUGCGCUCUGCCUCCACACCCCCCACCCGCCGCGCUCUAUUCCAUCAGUUUCUCAAAACAACCCAUUGCGAGUGAAUCGACUCAUGUUUGCCUGGAGUUACGUCUCCCCCUAAAGUUUUGUUGGCGACCUUGAAGUGAACCGACGUCAAUCGACGACUUGCUGUCAACAGUAGCAGCAGCAACAGCAACUACGUUUCCUUAUUUGGGGGAAAUAAACAAAACUUCCUGCAAAAACAGAGGUCAGAUUUUCAUGGGUUAACAAUUGUUACAAGAAAUCGUGGGCUUACGGGAUGGGUGAGAAGGGUGAGUUGUAUCCACAAACAUUUCUGGGUAAGACCGGAAGGUUGACGCAUGUUGAAAAGCAAAGUCAUUGUCAGAGAUUAUACCAUGAGUGGUAGAUUCAGUUCAAGUGUCUGGGAUGUCUGGCCCCUGUAAUUAUCUGUGAUGAAGCUCAUAAACUAUAAAACUAUUUUUUUUAUUUUACCAGGUGUAAGGCCCCAUUGAGCUGUGUAGCUCUUUUUCAAAGCCCUGACCUGGCUAUCACAACGAAGUGGGCUUAUCAUCGCCUGGACAUUUAUAGCAGCAGCCAACUACUCUAAAUGUUUGAUAUUGAUUAUAAAUGUGGAGGAAAAAAAGCGAGGACCCGGAGAAGAAAAAGCCACGCGACCACAGAGAGAGAGACACGCAAACUCCAAAUGUACAGAAGGCAUCAGGGUCGGGAUCUAACCCACGAUCUCCUGUAUACCAGGCGAGGUAGUUAACAUCUCAUAGCCACCGUGAUGAUGAGAGAGACACGCAAACUCCAAAUGUACAGCAGGCGUCAGGGUCUGGAUCGAACCCACUAGCCACUGCAUUUCACCCGAGUUGGUUAACAUCUCUGAGCCAUCGUGGCGCCCCUAAUAAUUGCCGCAUUGGAGACACUCCGCAACCAUAGGUGUCGAAAGAUCCUGGGUUUGAAGUGGUAAAAAUCACCCAAGGCUUAAAAAGCAAACCGAUCAACAAUUCAUGCUAAAUUAAGCAAGACGCUACGGGCUCCUUUGCAUAAUAUUCCCCCGUCUCUCUGCGUUAAAAAAUAAAAAGUAUUUCUCAUACGACCUACACACCAGUCGCACGGCCUUCUGGAAGUGGGUGAUUUCAGCAGCAUUGGUUCAGCAGAAGCAAAGCUCUGGACUGGGGUUUGCCAUUUGGUGUCUCAGCAGCAGCAGCAGUCAGGCUCUGCCUGAACCAAUGCUGGCGAAUUGUCCAGAUGUUCAUAGACAAGGAACCCUAUCUAUGCUCUAUGGGGUCUUAGUUUAACAUAGGGUUAUGCCUUGUUUUGAGCUGUGCAGGAUUAUGGUCUUGACUUUCUAUACAAAGAACACUUUCGCAAUUUCUCACUGCACAUUUUGUAGUUCACACAGCGUCACGAGCUGUACAGUGAUGGUCAAGUCAAAACUUUACGUUCGGUAACGCAAUUUCUGCCUCAGUAUGUGUUUACAAUGAUAAGUGUCAUGUUCAUAGUGGCCGUAUUACACUGAAGUCAUCAAUGCCGAGCUGCUGAGUUCAAGACCUGGGUCUGGGUUUCUCAGGAGGUUCAUAGUGGCCGUGUCCAUAGACACUGAAGCCAUGAAUUUAGAGUGCCUAAGUUCAACACCCGCGUCUAGGUGUCUUAGGAGGUUCAUAGUGGCCGUUGUCCAUAGACAGUGAAGCCAUCAAUUACGUGAGCCUGAGUUCAAGACCUGGGUCUGGGUGUCUCAGGAGGUUUCGUAAUGGGCCGUGUCAGGGACACUGAGCCAGCACUGCUGGAAUCCUGGGUUCACGCCCUGGAACUGGGAUGCAUCCCACUGCCUUCAUGUCCACAAUGGCCUAUGUUAAAAACUGUCUAAUAAUACUCCGCUAUAGUAUUGUGCAUUGAGGUGAAAUUUACUCCAAUGUCUGGGAAUGGAUUUAAACAUGCGGCUUUACUUUCUUCUGUUCAGUGUGGUAAAUGGGUUUCUUUGGUUGGUUUGCAGAGUUUACCAUGGCUUUUGUUGUUGAAUUUCUACGUUUAGAAGCUUCAGGAAAAUAAAAUGCAGUCG